GCGCAACAUGAGUUUCCCACGCGCGCACACGCAAAUGCACACACACACACACACUACGGUACAGUUCUUUAGAUCUUUUUGAUUACUACUACUGUUAUUUUUUUACUAUAUUAGAGCUCAAUAGAUUUUACGCGGCGUGGAAGGAUUCUUCUCCUGCCUCCGGACGAGCGGGUCCACACGAGUGGGUGCGGCACACGUCAAGACACGUAACUGCAGGGGUUUCUUUUUGAAGAAGAAGAAACUCCUCCUUUCAGGACUUGAUCUUUAUCGACUCAUGCACGACACCGCACGCCUGCUCCCCCUUUUGGAGGCAGCAAGGAAGUGUCUCAUCUCCACACCCUGGGAAGAAGAUGGAGCGGCGGUACAACAACGCGACAGCGCAAAGGUGCGUUCACCUGGCGAGCCAACGGCGACGGCUGUGUUCUGCCAGAUGCUGGACGUGCAUCGGCUUUACAGCCUCCUUCGCACAGCUGCAGAACGGCAACAACUGAAUGAAAAAGCAGAGCUCGAAACCAAAGAAGGCGUUACCUCCCCCUCUGCCUACCUUUGUGCUUCUGUUGCUGCUCCUCCCCUCCCCAAACAAGCUGGGUCGUCGGAUGCGCUCAACGGACGUGACACACGGAAAAGAGCCGAAGAUGGCGAGCAGAUCACUUUAUCCUCUCCUCGAAACAAUCUGGACAACGCCACGGCAGAGGACCGUUUCGCAGCCGAAGAGACGCACCUUCUGCGCCGCACGCACCAGCACUACCUCGCCGUCCUGGGUGACUCCAGCUCGUAUGUGCGAACUCUCUUCUCCGUGCACAGCCCGCAAAGCAAGACGAAGGCGAAGUCGAAAAGAAGCGGCAAGAGCGCCGCUGACGUCGACGUCUUCGCCGCGCCUGCGGUGCUGUCUUCUGAUGAGGACGUGGACGUGGUGGAGGUGCUCUUGGCCCUUGUCCUCUGCAUGGCGGCCGCGCUGUGCUCGCAGGCGAGGCGACAUGGGCAGUCCCUGCAGCCGCAAGGGACGACAUCACACGAUCCCAACCACAACAGUGCCAAACGGACGGGUCUCCUCAGCUCGUCACGAGACACAUCCGAGCUCUCGCAGUGGAGCAGUACGGCGACGGCACGGCGCAGUAGCGACCAUCUCAACAUCCAUGCGUCGCAUGUCCACCGCGCCGCCUCUUCCGACUCCGUGUACGCGGCAGUGCGCAUGCACUACGGUGUGGACGGCGACGACCUCGCGGCACCAAACACACCUUCCAGCACCACAACUACCAACAACGGAGAAGAGGGAGCAGGACUGCGCGUGACGCUGCAGCGCGUUCUUCCCUUGCUGGAGUCCCGACUGCCGAUGACGGAGCUGUGGCGCGAACCGUCGCUACUCGCGGCGCUGGACGUGAUGGCGCGGGGCUUGUGGCAGGCGCAGAGCAACGUGCACUCCAUCGCGCAAUCGCAAAGUCGCUCCCUGCGUCGCUGCCCGCUGUGCUACGCCGCCGCGCUGAACAACGAUCUAGCCGUCGAGGCGAUGGCGCAGCUGAACCACUACUACGCACUCUACCACGGUGAAGACGGCGACCCGGGAAAGCACGGUCCAUACGGUGGUGAUGAUUCACGCUUCGAAAACUCUCAGUCACAGCAAGAAAACAGGCGGUUGAAGGUGGAAGCGCAGGCACGUGGGUGGGUCGCGGCGUGUCGGAUCGCAGUUUGGAAUGCAAACAAGGCUGCCCUGCUACGUCUUACGGUCGUACCUUCGCCGCCGUGGAUCGCAGACUUGAAGUUGUCAUCACCACAGCUACCACCGCCGCUUUCCUCUACCUUUUUGUGGACAAGACAAGCCGCGGUUGUUCUGCAGCUGUUGUGGAGACAUUGGUGGGUCGCGGAAAUAAAACUGGCUUUGAAUGAACAGAAGGAAGAGGCGACGAGGGCGACGUCGUCGUCUUCGGUGGAGUCGCUGAUUGGCCGCGAUGCUUCCCGGCGACUGCGCAGUGCGCAGCUGUUCCUUGAUAGUUUAUUCUCUUCCUCCUCCGGCGGCUCAGCGAAUCAGCCGCUUUGGUUUGGCAACAACAGCGUGAACAUGAACAGCGGACGCAGCGCGUGUGUGCAGGGGAAGCAAGACGGGCACGCAGCACCCACCGCCACCACGGCGGCUCUGAUUUGGCUCUUAAGCCUUCCUCUGCCCUUGAAGGACCACGACGUGCCGACACGCGGUGACGCGGCGUCUUCUGCCGAGGCAGCUGCCAGCGGCACGGCAAUUCAUUGGAUGUGCGCCCACAACGAUGUGGUGCUCCUGCGGCUCUUCAUGCUGCACUGCAGCUCGCGCGAUCCAGCCUUGAUUCUGCCAGGGCUCGAAGCACCGCAACGCCCACCAACCGCGAGCUCUGGACUCCCUUCAUCGGGCGACCCCAACGCAGCUGCGCUCAUCGGGAAGGAAACUUCUCAGGCCGCAACGGAGCGGAGUUCCCGCCCGGCAUCGGACAGGCUCUUCGCAUCUCCCCCCUCCGCUUCUCGAGCGCCGCUCGUGGUGCAGCUCAGAGACAUUCGAAACAGCAACGACGGCGACGUCUCACCUUCUCCAUCUCGAGCGGCAGCGGCGGCAUUUUGUAGCACCGACUUCCCUCUCUCCACUCUCGCAGCCACGACUCCUCGUCCCACACGCUGUGUCCCGCGUCUGCUGCGCCUUCUUCGCCUCGGUGACGCCGACGGCCGCACGGCUCUCAACGUGGCGUGUGCGCGUGGCCAUCUGCCGUGCGUUCGCCUCCUGCUGUCGUGCGGCCUGUCGCCCAACUCCCUCUCUCUCGAGGCCUGGCGCACCUACGCCGCCACGAUUCCUCCGCCACUUCUGCGUCUGCUGUACGACCCAUCGGUGCUCGACGGUGCGGUGGAUUGUGAGGAUCGUGUAAGCCUGGCUGAUCGCCUGCGUCGGACGCACUGCCCAGCGGCCGCGGCCAGGACCCUCGCCAGGCUAGCGUAUCGGCUGUGGAGCGAGAAGAUGCAGCACCUGGGCUGCCCCACCAUAAACUAUGAUGAACCGAUCACGCAGGGAGACGUCUCCGUUGCGUCGUGUGAGGCGUGGCACAGCGCGUACCGGCGGUGUCAGGCAGCGCACGAUCGGGUGCUGCGGCCGGCGAUGGCUGCCUUGGCCUAUGACCCUCACGAACCGCUAGCCCGUCUCGUCGUCUUAGCUGUGCUCGUGCGAAUGCUGACAACGUGGCUCACCACCGUACCGCCGUGCAUUCGAAGUGGGGGCAGCGCAGGGGCUGAAGGCAACUCAGCGAAAAGCGACAGCGGCAUCCCCUUCAGCGUUGCUGCACUACGCGAGCUGCGCCUGCAGCACACGGUGGCCCUACGUCUCUACACACAGUUAACCUGCCCCCUUGGUCGCACCAUACUGCACGCCGCGGUGGCGAUGCGCGGUGCGCUUUGUGCGGCCGUGGAGCUGCGCGAGGAGAGGUCCGCCGCUGCAUUGCUGCGGCUGUCUGCAUCUGCAUCUGCAUCUGCGCAGAUCGUGGACCCAACAACGUCACCGCGUGAUGUCGUCGAGACAUCGAGAGAUGCGAAGAGGGCGGACGCUGCGGCGGCGGCGGCGCAGGAGAAUUUCAUGGGCCCAGGAGAGCACCGCCAACCAACGGGUAACACCGCCACCGCCGCGCCGCAGCAGCAGCGGCAGUGUGCACAGCUCCCUCCUUCGGAGGCAGCCACUGCACGCCGCGAUCUGCAAGUCCUCUACGACGGUGUGCUGGCCGAGGUGCGGCGCCUGGAUGCGUGCCUUGCCGAUGAGCAGCGCGGCGUAACAGCGAGGAUGAGCGAGGGACAGAAGUAUGCGGAGGACGACGCUGCUGCUGCUUUCCGCGGAGGAGAAUCCGCUUUCACGGGCGUGGCGACCGUUCUGCGGGGUCACCCUUCCCACGAUGUCGCAGACGCGGCUGAAAUGGACGUCUCAGGUGCGGGGGAUGUGCCGGCCUACGUGUUGGUGGUCAUCCCGUCUGCCGUCGCGCUGCAACGAGCGCGGUGGGGCGCCAGCGGCAGUCAUCGCGACCUCGCACCAGCGCGAGCGAGUCCCUCCUGGGUCCUGGUCGAGCCGACGCUGUGGUGCGCCGCCCCUUCCCCCUCCUACACCACUCCUCGACAGGUGUGGGUGCAGCUGCCUCGGUCUCUGCCGUUGGAUCAGCUUCUCCGCGAGCACGACGGCGGGGGCUACGGUGUGGUGUCGCAGGAUAUGCCGUUGGCUGCCCCGGUGCAGCGGGGAGACCUCAUCACGUUUCAGUACGUGAAGCGCGCUGGCAGCGCAGCACCGCCGCAGUUCGUGGCGCACGCCAUCUUCUCCGAGCCGCGGACACUGCCGUAUCUAGCGCUGGCGCAGGAGCCUCGAGAGCUGUCGCCGUACAUGUCGCCGCCACCGACCAGUCUGAUGCUGCCUUUUCCGUCUGCGCAAUCGAAUGGAGGCGCUACACGUCUCUCGCCUCGGGGUUUGUCUGCGGCCUCCUCACAAAUGCAGCAGCUGCGUCGGGCCACGAGCGUCACCCUGCACGCGUGCUGCGUACCAUCGAUGUACGUUGAAGGCAACACGGCAGAGAAGCAGCAGGAGCACCCGCUGGAUUGGCUGCAGGCGCGACCGGCCACCACCACAACUGUUGAUGCCGCAAGCAACGAGAAGAGCGCUGAGGGGAACGGGAGACCGGCAGACACGGACAUCCUCACGGUGCUGCGAACGAACAGUACUUUUGUCUCUCGCUGGUCGCGCAUUGUCUGGGCCGACCUGCAGCCAUGCUGGCUGGCAUCCGCAGCCGAUGCAAGCCGCGACAACAUGCGGUCUAGUACGGAUCAGCAGAGAGCUGAGCUCGGCAGCAUCGCGGACGGGACUUCGCGGGUUAGCAGCCACCACCGCGGCACUCUUUUGCUGUGGAACCUCUUCAGCACCGACGAGGAGGCAGAGGAGGACCGGGCGGACGACGUAGCGCACAACUUCCGGAGACAGGUUGCUGGCGAGAGGGUUCUCCUCUCCGUGCGUCUCGCCUCUGCGCACGACAGCGCCGCUACCAGUGAUGAUGGGGGCCACAGUCAGCCUGCAACGCGGUGGCCCUCUCGCGCGGAUGCCACUACCGGGGUUGUUGGUGCAGACGCGGUGGUGGACGUCACCCUCUAG